AUUUUGAUCGAUGUUUUUCAAACGCUUUCUCUGCUCUCACACCGCCGCCGCUCGCCGCCGCCACCACCACGGCAAACAAUGGUCGGUGAAGCAGGUGACGAAUUCCAACUUCUCGGAGGCUUUGCCGGAAAUCAAAGCCUGCAUAUUCAAUUCCGACUUCGUAGCGGUCUCGUUGCAGAAAACCGGCGGCCACUCCGCCACGUGGCAAAGGAUCCUCCCCAUCGAUACGGCGGAGACGGCUUACAUGAAGGUCAAGGACGCCGCCACGCGGUUUCAGAUUCUCCAAUUCUCGGUCUGCCCCUUUUCAGUUAAGGGUUCUAAGGUCAUUGCACACCCGUUUAACUUCCACGUGUUUCCAAGGGAUGAGUUGAAAGUGGGGAUGCCGUCUUACAGUUUUUCAUGUCAAUCGUCGUAUCUAACCUCUAUGGCACGAGAAGGUUUUGAUUUCAAUGCUUGCAUCUACAACGGUAUAUCAUACUUGUCGAAAGCACAAGAGUCGGCUGCGAAAAUUCAAACUGGAAAUUUAUCGCCCGUUAACGGCGCAGUGGAACCUUCAUCAGUCUACUCAGUUGCUGAUACUAUAUUCAUGGAAAGGAUCGAAUCCCGAGUUAAGAAUUGGAUACGUGCUUGUAAAGAUUCAAACAAAACUGAGGUUGCAGAUGCUCUCAUAAGUUCUUUAAGGAAACUUGUAGCUGGAAGUGAAGUUUUUGGUUCUCGACCAUCCUUGACUAUAGAUGUCUGCAGUGAACGCCAAGUGCCGCUUGUAAUAGAGGCAUUGAAAGAGUUUGUUGACGUUGUACCAUUACAUGUUACAGCAAAGGGAGUGGGUGUGCAGGCCGUUAGAGCUGUUUUGACGAGUUCAAAAGAAGACAAAACCCUUCUCGAGAAAGAAAUUCAAGAUACGGAACACGAGCAAAGAAAGCUUGUCCGUGGCUUCCGUGAGGUGAUAGACUUGAUUUCUACUUCUCAGAGACCUGUCGUUGUGCACAAUUCACUCUAUGAUCUUGCUUUAAUACAUUCAAAGUUCCAAGCUCCACUACCGUCGACUAUGGAUGAAUUCAAGAAUUCGUUGCUUUCGCUCUUUCCUCACACACUUGACGUCAACCAUCUUAUGAAGGAAAUCGGCCCAUUCGACAAAAUGAACAACGUGCAAGCAGCAUUGUCCUAUUUGGAGAGAAGAUUUUCUGCACCAAUAGACAUGGACAUCUCUAAUCAAGCAGAAGAGCCAGAGAAUACGAAUACUCAUGGUCAUAAUGUUCUCAGAGUAUGCCAGUUGUUUGUUAAAUUGUGCUCCAUACUAAAAAUACCUCUCGAGUUUCCGGAAGGUGAGCGUAUUACCCAAUUGGCUCCUUCCCUUCAACGCACUUCCAAUACAUUUAGUUCCAAAGUACAUACUGCCGAUGACGACGGUGUGGGAAUUCGGAGUGGCAAUAGUGAAAAGGUUAGUACCGACAAUUUGGUGUUCUUGUGGGGGUUAAAAAACAGAAAAUCGUCCCGAAAUCUGAAAAACCUCAUUUGUGAUUCGUACAAUGUCUUGUCUGAAGAAUUCGAUGUUAGAAUGUUGGAUAGGACAUGUGCUGUAGUUGUUUUCUGGAACGCUGGUGUGUUGGACCGUUUUCUCGGGAUGGUAGAAGGUUCCGGAGGAGAAGGUUUGAGAUGUGCGAGAUAUAAUACGUACAGAAGAGUUUGCGAAUCGGGUUUAUGGAAAGCAGAUUUGGCGGAGUGCUUUGAUGAAACGUUGGAUGAAAGCGAAACCCUCUCAAGAACCGAGGCGAAGCUGGAGGAGUCAGUAAUAUACUGGAACGAUGAUGAAAUGAUUAACCUGGAUGAUCUUUAACUUCCCUUGUUAAUUUACCCUAAUUGGGUCAAUUCUUCACACAGACGAGGUUUUCGGUUGUUGAGUUUCUUGGAAGCUGUGCUAUAGCAAUUCAAAUUUUGGGUUUUAGGGUUUUACUAUUUAAGGUUCAUUGUAACAUUAUAUUGUGCCAGUCCAAGAACUCUGGCAACCGUUCAUUGCUUGAAAAAUAUGAUCUGGAGUUGUGUCUGUGUACUGUUGAGUUCCAUUUUCUUGUGUUUAUUCAAGAAAGUUGAGAGGAUCUUAAAUUAAUUAA